AAAAAAAAAAAAAAAAAAAAAAAAUAGUCACUGCGCAUUGUUCACCCGGCAUUAAUUCUUCCACCUCAAAAGCUUCAAACCAAAGCACACGAUCGUCACCGAUUUUCCUCCAAGGGUUUCAAUCAAUCAAAGCAACUUGGUACUCGUAGGGAACGGCAUUGUUGUUUUCCUUUCAAAGGAUAUACAUAAUUUGCAUAUACUGAAGCACGUCUACAAUGUUAAGACAAGCAGUCGCAACUCCCUCGCGGAUCGCCCGCUCCGCCCUUAGAGCUGCUGGCCAACAGAGAAUACCAAGCUCGACCCCCAGCUUCCGGCAACUUCCACUCUCAGCUGUCUCCAGGCCUGUUAGGACUACAUCCGUCAGGUGGUACAGCGCGGAACCCGAGUCUAAGGAUGCCGCCAAAGACGCGGCAAAGGACGGAGAAGCCGCCGCAGCAGACGCCUCCCCAGAGGUGGCCCUGAAGAAAGAACUGGACACAAAGACGAAGGAGGCGCUCGAGUGGAAGGACAGGUACUUGCGCUCUGUUGCCGACUUCAGGAACCUCCAGGACAGGCAGGCUCGUGAGAUGAAGUCUACUAGGGACUUUGCAAUCCAGAAGUUUGCCCGCGAUUUGGUCGACAGCGUCGACAACCUGGAGCGCGCCCUCGCCAUGGUCCCGGCCGACAAGAUCAAGGCCGCCAGCGAUGCAGCCAAGGACUCGGAAACCAAGCCCGAGUUCCUCCAGGAUCUCGUGAACCUGUACGAAGGCCUGAAGAUGACCGAGAACAUUUUGGUUUCUACUGUCGCCAAGCAUGGCCUGGAACGUUUCAACCCCAACGGCGAGAAAUUCAACCCCAACGAACACGAGGCUACCUUCAUGACGCCUCAGCCCGACAAGGAUGACAACACUGUCUUCUUCACUCAACAGACUGGCUUCAAGCUCAACGGUCGUGUGAUAAGACCCGCCAAGGUUGGCGUUGUCAAGAACUCAUAAGUGGCAGGCUUUGAGUAACCUUUUACUACUUCGCUUCCAUCUGAGCUCUCUUGCCAGCAAAAUGAGAGCCCAGGUUCGUCUCCACGGCGUGACCCACUGUCAAAAUAAACUGUAUCAUUACCCACCUUCGAUUCGACCUGAUCACUCGCUGUACUGUACUUGGAAAAAAAAGAGAAGAUCCCAGAGUUUGGAAUUAUUGGACCAAACAUGUAUAAUGCUCCCCUCACGAUAAAAUCAACAACACACAGUCAUAAACACGAAAAAAAAACCAAGUAGGGCUCGGCGCGGUCGCACAGGAAUAGGACUGUCAUGUAUGGGAGGUCACGUUUGCUUACAAUGUUUCUCAUGUAUAUAAGACUACAUCCCGUUCAUAUCGCAAGCAGGCUUUCGCCCAUCGUGUGGCAAAGCUGCAAUCUUAUCCCUCACGUCUUGCUUAGUUGCUUGAAACGCAACUUAAAAAUGCCCCCACCACCUCAGUGACAAACCUCCAUCUACGACCGUGGAUGGUAUUGCAUAAACAAGAGCGGGAAGCCAGGUUCGUCCUCAAAUGGGAACAAUUUCCGAUAUAAC